UGAGAUCCCUGUGCCCGCCCCUGGCCUUCGACAUGGCCCGCUUGGCUGCAGCACUUUGGAGUCUCUGUGUGACGACUAUCCUCGUCACCUCUGCCACCCAAGGCCUGAGCCGGGCUGGGCUCCCAUUUGGGUUGAUGCGUCGGGAGCUAGCAUGUGAAGGCUACCCCAUUGAGCUGCGGUGCCCGGGCAGUGACGUCAUCAUGGUGGAGAAUGCAAACUACGGGCGCACAGAUGACAAGAUCUGCGAUGCCGACCCUUUCCAGAUGGAGAACGUGCAGUGCUACCUGCCUGACGCCUUCAAAAUCAUGUCUCAGAGGUGUAAUAACCGAACCCAGUGCGUGGUGGUGGCCGGCUCCGAUGCCUUUCCUGACCCCUGUCCUGGAACCUACAAGUACCUGGAGGUGCAGUACGACUGUGUCCCUUACAUCUUCGUGUGUCCAGGGACCCUGCAGAAGGUGCUGGAACCCACCUCUACACAUGAGUCAGAGCAUCAGUCUGGUGCAUGGUGCAAGGACCCACUGCAGGCAGGUGACCGUAUCUACGUUAUGCCCUGGAUUCCCUACCGCACGGACACACUGACUGAAUAUGCCUCGUGGGAGGACUAUGUGGCCGCACGCCACACCACCACAUACAGACUGCCCAACCGUGUGGACGGCACUGGCUUCGUGGUCUACGAUGGUGCGGUCUUCUACAAUAAGGAGCGCACUCGCAACAUUGUCAAAUACGACCUGCGGACCCGCAUCAAGAGCGGUGAGACAGUCAUAAACACAGCCAACUACCACGACACCUCACCCUACCGCUGGGGAGGCAAAACCGACAUUGACCUGGCAGUGGAUGAGAACGGACUGUGGGUCAUCUAUGCAACCGAGGGAAACAACGGGCGCUUGGUGGUGAGCCAGCUCAACCCCUACACACUGCGUUUUGAGGGCACGUGGGAAACGGGCUAUGACAAGCGCUCGGCCUCCAAUGCCUUCAUGGUGUGCGGUGUCCUCUACGUGCUGCGCUCCGUCUAUGUGGAUGACGAUAGCGAGGCGGCAGGCAACCGCGUGGACUACGCCUUCAACACCAAUGCAAACCGAGAGGAGCCAGUCAGUCUGGCCUUCCCCAACCCCUACCAGUUCGUAUCUUCUGUUGACUACAAUCCUCGGGACAACCAGCUCUAUGUGUGGAACAACUAUUUUGUGGUGCGCUAUAGCCUGGAGUUCGGACCCCCAGACCCCAGUGCUGGCCCAGCCACUUCCCCGCCUCUCAGUACCACCACCACAGCUCGGCCCACACCCCUCACCAGCACAGCCUCGCCUGCAGCCACCACGCCACUCCGCCGGGCGCCCCUCACCACACACCCAGUGGGUGCCAUCAACCAGCUGGGACCUGACCUGCCUCCAGCCACAGCCCCAGCACCCAGUACCCGCCGGCCUCCGGCCCCUAAUCUACAUGUAUCCCCUGAGCUCUUCUGUGAACCCCGAGAGGUCCGGCGGGUCCAGUGGCCAGCUACCCAACAGGGUAUGCUGGUGGAGAGACCUUGCCCCAAGGGAACGCGAGGAAUUGCCUCGUUCCAGUGCCUCCCAGCUCUGGGGCUCUGGAACCCUCGGGGCCCUGACCUCAGCAACUGCACUUCCCCCUGGGUCAACCAGGUAGCCCAGAAGAUCAAGAGUGGAGAGAAUGCGGCCAACAUUGCCAGUGAGCUGGCCCGACACACGCGGGGCUCCAUCUAUGCUGGGGACGUGUCCUCCUCGGUGAAGCUGAUGGAGCAGCUGCUAGAUAUCCUGGAUGCCCAGCUCCAGGCUCUGCGGCCCAUUGAGCGCGAGUCAGCCGGCAAGAACUACAAUAAGAUGCACAAGCGAGAAAGAACAUGCAAGGACUAUAUCAAGGCUGUGGUGGAGACAGUGGACAACUUGCUCCGGCCAGAGGCACUUGAGUCAUGGAAAGACAUGAAUGCCACUGAACAGGUCCAUACAGCCACCAUGCUCCUAGAUGUCCUGGAGGAGGGCGCCUUCCUGCUGGCCGACAAUGUCAGAGAACCUGCUCGCUUCUUGGCUGCCAAGCAGAACGUGGUCCUAGAGGUAACUGUCCUGAACACGGAGGGUCAAGUCCAGGAGUUGGUAUUCCCCCAGGAGUAUCCCAGUGAGAACUCCAUCCAGCUGUCCGCCAACACCAUCAAGCAGAACAGCCGCAAUGGUGUGGUGAAGGUUGUCUUCAUUCUCUACAACAACCUGGGCCUCUUCUUGUCCACGGAGAAUGCCACAGUGAAGCUGGCAGGUGAGGCAGGGUCCAAUGGCCCUGGAGGUGCCUCCCUGGUGGUCAACUCCCAGGUCAUUGCAGCAUCUAUCAAUAAGGAGUCCAGCCGUGUCUUCCUCAUGGACCCUGUCAUCUUUACUGUGGCCCACUUGGAGGCCAAGAACCACUUCAAUGCAAACUGCUCCUUCUGGAACUACUCAGAGCGCUCCAUGCUGGGCUACUGGUCAACCCAGGGCUGCCGACUGGUGGAGUCCAAUAAGACCCAUACCACAUGUGCCUGCAGCCACCUUACCAACUUCGCAGUACUCAUGGCUCACCGAGAGAUCUAUCAAGGCCGUAUUAAUGAGCUGCUGCUGUCAGUCAUCACCUGGGUUGGCAUUGUCAUCUCCCUGGUCUGUCUGGCUAUCUGCAUCUCCACCUUCUGCUUCCUGCGGGGCCUACAGACAGACCGUAACACCAUCCACAAGAACCUGUGCAUCAACCUCUUCCUUGCGGAGCUGCUCUUCUUGGUUGGAAUAGACAAAACUCAAUAUGAGGUCGCCUGCCCUAUCUUUGCGGGCCUGCUGCACUACUUUUUCCUGGCUGCCUUCUCCUGGCUGUGCCUAGAGGGUGUGCACCUCUACCUGCUGCUGGUGGAGGUGUUCGAGAGCGAGUACUCACGCACCAAGUACUAUUACCUGGGCGGCUACUGCUUCCCAGCCCUGGUGGUCGGCAUCGCAGCCGCCAUUGACUACCGGAGCUACGGCACUGAAAAGGCCUGCUGGCUGAGGGUGGAUAACUACUUCAUCUGGAGCUUCAUUGGGCCCGUCUCGUUUGUCAUUGUGGUGAACCUGGUGUUCCUCAUGGUGACCCUGCACAAGAUGAUCCGGAGUUCGUCAGUGCUCAAGCCCGACUCCAGUCGCCUUGACAACAUCAAGUCCUGGGCUCUGGGUGCCAUUGCGCUGCUCUUCCUGCUGGGCCUCACCUGGGCUUUUGGCCUCCUCUUCAUCAACAAGGAGUCAGUAGUCAUGGCCUAUCUCUUCACUACCUUCAACGCCUUCCAGGGGGUCUUCAUCUUUGUCUUUCACUGCGCCUUACAGAAAAAGGUGCACAAGGAGUACAGCAAGUGCCUGCGCCACUCCUACUGCUGCAUCCGCUCCCCCCCUGGGGGCACUCACGGCUCCCUUAAGACCUCAGCCAUGCGAAGUAACACCCGAUACUACACAGGGACCCAGGUACCCGGGCAGGGAAGGCAUAUCCACCAGGUCUCUCUGGGGCCAAGAGGCAGGAGUGCACUGCCAGAGUCUCAGAAAGACCCCGGAGGGCAGAGUGGCCCUAGAGAUCCCCUCAUGUUUGGGCUGUGUCCCCAGAGCCGGAUCCGGAGGAUGUGGAAUGACACCGUGAGGAAGCAGACAGAGUCUUCCUUUAUGGCAGGUGACAUCAACAGCACCCCCACCCUGAACCGAGGUACCAUGGGGAACCACCUCCUGACCAACCCUGUGCUCCAGCCCCGUGGAGGCACUAGCCCAUACAAUACCCUCAUUGCAGAGUCUGUGGGCUUCAACCCCUCUUCGCCCCCAGUCUUCAACUCCCCAGGAAGCUACAGGGAACCCAAGCACCCCUUGGGAGGCCGGGAAGCCUGUGGCAUGGACACCCUGCCCCUUAACGGCAACUUCAACAACAGCUACUCCUUGCGAAGUGGUGAUUUCCCUCCAGGAGAUGGGGGUCCUGAGCCGCCCCGAGGCCGGAACCUGGCCGAUGCUGCUGCCUUUGAGAAGAUGAUCAUCUCAGAGCUGGUGCACAACAACCUGCGGGGGGCCAGUGGGGGGGCCAAAGGGCCUCCACCAGAGCCUCCUGUGCCGCCUGUGCCAGGGGUCAGUGAGGACGAGGCUGGUGGGCCGGGUGGUGCUGACCGGGCAGAGAUUGAACUUCUCUACAAGGCCCUGGAGGAGCCACUGCUGCUGCCCCGGGCCCAGUCGGUGCUGUACCAGAGUGAUCUGGAUGAGUCAGAAAGCUGUACGGCAGAGGAUGGGGCCACCAGCCGGCCCCUCUCCUCCCCUCCCGGCCGGGACUCCCUCUAUGCCAGCGGGGCCAACCUGCGGGACUCGCCCUCCUACCCGGACAGCAGCCCCGAAGGGCCCAGCGAGGCCCUGCCCCCACCUCCACCUGCUCCCCCUGGGCCCCCGGAAAUCUACUACACCUCUCGCCCACCGGCCCUGGUGGCUCGGAAUCCCCUACAGGGCUACUACCAGGUGCGGCGGCCCAGCCAUGAGGGCUACCUGGCAGCCCCGAGCCUCGAGGGGCCAGGGCCCGAUGGGGACGGGCAGAUGCAGUUGGUCACUAGUCUCUGAGGGGCCUCAUGGACCAGAGGCCUGGCCAGGGAGGGAACCCAGGAGGGGCUCUGGUGGGAGCAGAGACUGACGGAGGCAGUGGCUGGUGGGCCACUCUCUCCAGGUGCCCCUCUGCCUGUGGGCCCCGCGGUCCCCUUGGGGACUAUGACCUGGGCCCCAGGUACCAGGGUUAGUAGACAGGGUUUCCACCAGCCACAAGCCCCAGCCUCUCUAGGGGAGUGCAUUGAGGAGAAGCCCCCAGGGCCCUGGGAGCGAAGGAGAAGCUGGUAGGUGUGACCAACUUCUGAAGCUCCCUGCCAGUGGAGGGAGAAAGGAAGGGGCAAGGCUUCCCUAAGUGUGUUAGGGGGUUGCCGCUUCUGAGGUGGCCAAAGCCUUGCCGCGUCCACCCUAUCUGCUGCUCACUCUUCUCCGUCCACCAGAAAGGAACAGUGGGUCAGUGGGACAGACGAUAGGAUCCUUCACGCUACAGUCCUUGCUUCCUGGAGACUGGGCCUUGCACCACAAGAAAGCCCAGGCCCAGGGGAUGGGGCUGUGGAAGCUGGUGGUUAAUGGUGGAACUUUCUCUGAAGCUCCUUUCUCCCUCGCUAUUGGUCCCUGUCUCCCAAGCAAGCCUGCCCCUCAACCCCCAGAGUGCACCCAAUGACCCCCUCCCUUGGGGUGACUCCUGAUGAAGCACAACUCCCGCAGGGCCCCUAACCCACUGGAGUGGCCAUAUUUGGGCAGUUCCCAGUCCUGUGGGCUGGGCUAUCUGGGGAGCAGAUUUGGGGUCUGGGGCUCCCUGAGGAGUGGGUCCUGGGUUUGGAUCUUUCCCUAGGGGGUCCUCUUAUCCCUCUCUUUUCCUCCCCUAUUGCUGUAAAUAUUUCAACAAAAUGGAAAAGGAAAAAAAAAGACAAAAAAAAAAAAA